CCGCGACUUACUGCUAUGUGACCGCGACUACCUGUUCAUAUCCCAAGAGGCAUAGAUGCAGAAGAAUUAAAAAAAAAUUACAGGACCUUUUUUUACAAGAAUUGAUUUUUUUCUAUUAAAGGAUUUUUUUAAUAUACAGCAUAUCUUCCCAAAUCUUAGGUUGAGAUUCACUCAAUCCUUUUAGUGCUUUCUAUAAGACACUCAAACAUGUGCGUGCCUAGAAAGAACGGUUCAUAGUUGAAGAUUAGAUUACAAUUAUUUACAUCAGCCGUUUAAAGAGUACAAACGUUUGCUCAUGUUACCAUCAAUGCUCUUGGCGGUGAGAAAACCUGAGGUGUCGACCGGCCAGAACCGGCGGCUAGAAGAUUGAGGAAACAGAUUAUGUAAUCUGGAGAGUGAAAGUGGGAGAACCCUGACAUCGAUAGACCGCGGGAGCCCGAUGAAAAAUGUGUUCUCACUCAUGUUGAUUCCAAAAUUCUCUUUUUCUCUUGUAUCGCGCAAUGCACUGAGCCGAGUCGAAGUGCGCAAUGCUAGGUUGAAAUGCGCAACGACGACUACCGCUGCUCGUUUCACUUACGGUUUAGUGAACAAUUGGGUGCGUUCAAGUGCAAGUGUCUUGCCGUGGCCGUGUUACAUUGUGUUGAUCAUUGCCCCCAAAACAAUCAUACGUCGUUCAUUAGGUACGAGACUGUUUGGAAAUUACAUCGGCAAGCUGUAGAGUGUAUUGAUAGAUAGUUUACUUUUAAAUCGAAAGUAAAACGUUAACACAGUAGUAUGUCUGAAUCGAAUUUCAAAAGUCUAGAAGCCACUCUAAACAAAUAUAUUCCCCCGGAAGAGCUGCGUGAAGUGAAACGAGUGCUGUAUGGAAGGCCAGACGACAAUGUGUUACAAUUCUCCGAGGAAACCAUUUCCCUGGCCAAAGAUGUGGAUAUCGAGCUGAAAGGGUACGUUUUUAGUGCCCGGAAGGAGGAUCUACGGCGGCCAAGAAUAGUGCGGGUAGCAGCAGUACAAAAUACGGUGGACAUUCCGACCACGGCACCGAUUCAUGUGCAGCGUGAUGCGCUGCAUGAGAAGAUUUCGAACAUUUUGCGUGUUGCCGUAACUGCCGGUGUCAAUAUCGUAUGCCUUCAGGAAGCUUGGACCAUGCCUUUUGCAUUCUGUACGCGCGAAAAGUUUCCCUGGUGCGAGUUUGCUGAAGAUGUGGAAAAUGGACCAACGACGAAGAUGUUGAAAGAGUUAGCCAAACAGUACAACAUGGUGAUCAUUUCGCCCAUCCUGGAACGUGAUGCAAAUCAUCACGAUACGAUCUGGAAUACGGCUGUGGUCAUUUCCAACAAUGGUUCCUACAUUGGCAAACAUCGGAAGAACCAUAUACCACGCGUGGGUGAUUUCAAUGAGUCUACCUAUUACUACGAGGGCGACACAGGACAUCCGGUGUUUGAGACACAGUUCGGACGCAUUGGCAUUAACAUUUGUUACGGACGCCAUCAUCCACAGAACUGGAUGAUGUUUGGCGUAAAUGGAGCAGAGAUUGUAUUCAAUCCAUCGGCCACUGUAGGUGGAUUAAGUGAACCACUGUGGGGAAUUGAAGCUCGUAAUGCAGCCAUCGCUAACAGCUUCUUUACCGUCGCAAUCAAUCGAGUCGGUACGGAAGUCUUUCCGAACGAGUUCACCUCCGGCAAUGGACUGCCCGCUCACAAAGAUUUUGGCCCAUUUUAUGGUUCGUCUUACGUGGCUGCUCCGGAUGGUUCGCGGACGCCUGGACUGUCGCGCGAUAAGGAUGGUCUGUUGGUGGCCGAGAUGGAUUUGAACCUCUGUCGGCAGAUAAAGGAUUUCUGGGGCUUCCAAAUGACUCAGCGUUUACCACUGUACGCGGAAAGCUUAGCAAAGGCCAUUAAACCCGACUACAAACCACAGAUUGUGCGGGAAAACUAAACCAAAACCAGUUAAUUCCUAUUUCCAAAAUGGAAAAUAUUAUGAAAUUUCUGUGUACAGCCGCUAACUAAUUAUAAUGGAUGUAAAUUAGUUCCAUUCCUCAAACAGAAUGAUAAGAACAAGGAAUCAGAAUGUUUUUUCAAGGCAUAUAGGUUAAAGCUAGCGCCAGAGAAUUUCCACACUCAAUACAAUAUUUUUUCUUUGAACAUUUUAUAAUGCUUAUACGCAACAAUUUACCUAAAGUUUGCCUUUGCACAAACAAUGAAAUUUUACCCUGUACAUUACUUUUCUCUUCGCUUAUUGCGCCACUUUGAAAAUGAAAAGAAACAUAAGACCAAAAAAUGAAAGGAAAGGAAAAGACCAAAACGAAAGAAAACUAUGUAAAACAAGGAAUGUAGAGUGAUAGAAGCAAAAUUAAAGAAAGAAAUAAAUAUGAUAGGUAGUAAAAAAUCAAUGUAAAAAUUAACAAAAGGAACGAAAUGGAACGAUCGGAACAAACUUAUCCGUUGCAUUAAAAAAAUAGUCCAAUGUUUUUAUGUGUUUCCACAUUUUUCAUCUACUGUAAGAAAUACAGUAGUGUUAUGCAAACCAACCAGAUUUAUUCCGUUCAUCAAAAGAAACGAUCGUUUCUGGUGAAGCGGUUUACCAAGCAAGCUAACGAGUGGAGACGCCCAGUGGUUUAGUAGUAGACAAUCAAACGACCGUUUCCCUCGUAAACCAAAGUCAAUUAACAUAUAGUCCUUUACAAAAUGAACGAAAUAAACGAAGUCCUUUACGUAAUGAAUGAAGCAUCGAUAGUUCCGUAGAAUUCUGGUUGUUUCGUCUCGAGCCUGUUUAUCUCUCGAUGAUACAAAUUUUAAAAAUCUAUACAAACCAUCACGGUCACGCACGAAGAAAAGGAAACAAUGGUCAUAAUAAAGAAUCGUUUUCAUGUUUCGAA